UCAGUCCUCCUACCAGCUGUCAUGGACAACGUGAAAUCACGCAGCAAUGAUGAGGAUGAAGAGCUGCAGUCCACAGAUCCAGAGAGUAAAGAGAAGAGCAAAGAUAAAAAGACACUGUGCAAAGUAAAGUGGUCACGAGACGAGGAUGAAAAGCUGAAAAAGCUUGUUGAGCAGCACGGAACAGACUCCUGGAAAUUAAUAGCUGCCCUUUUUCCAGGGAGGACAGAUGGCCAGUGUCAGCACCGCUGGCAGAAGGUGCUCAAUCCAGAGCUAGUGAAAGGACCAUGGACAAAGGAGGAGGAUCAAAAGGUUAUUGACCUCGUACAUAAAUAUGGUCCCAAGCGCUGGUCAGUGAUUGCGAAGCACCUCCAGGGAAGAAUCGGAAAGCAGUGCCGUGAACGCUGGCACAACCACCUCAACCCAGAAGUUAAGAAGUCUUCAUGGACUCAGGAAGAGGAUCGAAUCAUCUAUGAAGCCCACAAACGCCUUGGCAACCGCUGGGCUGAGAUCUCUAAGCUUCUUCCUGGACGAACGGACAACUCCAUCAAGAACCACUGGAAUUCCACCAUGAAGAGAAAAGUGGAGCAUGAGGGGUACCUGCAAGAUGGCUGCAAGACUUCCUCUGCUAAUGGGAAGAGACGCCACAACAGGCAGUGUCCUGCAACUCCAACAGAGCCCCAGCACUGUGACCGCAGCCCUGUGGCUAUGACAGCAUCAAACCAGAUGGGUGGUUUUCCAUUUGAGCCUCAUGGUGGGCACAUGAUGGACAGUCUUUCUGAAAAUUCAAGCUUCAUAUCACCAUCCUGCCUGGAUGAUCCUGACAGAGAGCAAAGAAUUAAGGAGCUUGAACUGCUGCUUAUGUCAGCAGAGAGUGAAGUCCACCAACAAGUGCAGUGCAGAGGUUCAUGUAGUUUGGAGCAGUACCCAGCAUGGCCAGACAGUGUGUCAGAUGACACGUUAACCACAAGUAGCAGUAGCCUGGAAGAACAAGCAGAGAGAAGACCCUGGAAGGGCCCUGAGAUCCCGCAGGGAGCUCCAGCACCGCUUCCUGUCUCGCCCAGCAAGUUCCUGGCUGUAGAGGCCAGCACAGUGCUGUCCACCCUGCAGACCAUACCAGAAUUUGCAGAGACCAUGGAGCUUAUUGAUUCAAUGUGUUUUGCUCUGCAGGAUCCUGUCGGAUGGAACGAAGUGGCCAGUUUUGAUUUGUCAGAGAUGGCGACGCCGUCCAGGCACAACCAGGCAGCCUAUAGCACUAUCUUGCAAGAGAGCACCAUGUACAAUUCAGUGAAUUACCCAGUCAACGCUGCCACUACCGACUUAGGCCAAGACAGGAACUGUGCUCCAUUUGGUGUGGGAGGUCUUACAUCCCUGACUCCCAUUAACUCAUCCAAACCCACCCAGGCUUCCACUGGGAGGAAGAGGAGAAGAGAGAGGGGGGAACCAUCUCCUUUGUGUGACAAGACUUGCUCUUCCUUCUUGGAAAAUAUUUCAAAUUCUCCCAAGAAAACACCUAUAAAGACACAGCCAUUUACCCCGUCACGAUUCUGCAACAUAUCAGUGCCAGAGCAUCUCAAUCUGGAAAACCCCGCCCUCACCUCAACUCCUGUGUGCGGUCAGAGGUGUCUGCUCAACACACCCCUUCAAAAAGAUACCACACCUAAACACCAGAAAGAGAAUGAUGGUUCCAGGACUCCUAAAUUCUGCAAAACAGUCAUGACUCCAACUCCGAGGACACCCACUCCUUUCAAAAAUGCUUUGGCUGCCCAGGAGAAAAUGCACGGGCCACUAAAGAGAGAGCCACAGCCUUUGGCCUUUCUCGAAGAAGACAUUCGAGAAGUUCUAAAGCAAGAGACAGGAACAGACAUCUUCAACAGAGCAGACUUACAGCCAGAUUACAGAGUGUGGAAACAUAACAUGGAUGGCCCAGCUAGAAAAGUGCGCAAGUCUCUUGUCCUGGACCCUUGGGGCAAAGAAAGCAUUAAUACUCAACUUUUCCAAGACCAGCUCGGCGAUGCACAGGUGUCAGAUGAAGGUCUACUGACAAGCUCUUCAUUGGUUUCUCCGAUCUCCGAGAGAGACGAGUGUGGCCAUUCUGUGACUUCUGGGAAAGAUGAGCUCUCAUUAGGAGUCGCCGUUCAUACUCAACACUUUACUAGCCCUCGGACAAAGAAGCUUCCGACUUCUAACAAAGCAACGAAACACAACACUGCACAGGUGAGUGAGUGGGAAGCAGUGGUUUAUGGAAAGACACAGGACCAACUGAUCAUGACAGAACAGGCUCGUCAGUACCUGAAUCCCUACCCACCAUCCACCUCUGUCUCAAGGGCGCUUGUGCUUUAAAGCCGUCCCCUCGACUACACAGGCAGCACUACAUCUGUCCGACAACUAAAACCUCCACUGAAUCAUGUAAGAGACAAUCCAGUGAAGACAAAUUGUUUUAUUUUUCUUCUGAAGCAGAAGUGCACUGCCAGUGACGUCCACACAGAGGUUUUGUUCUCAACACAUUUUGAGGUAACUGCCCAAAGUGUUCUCUGUUUGGCCUGCAUUUGAUUUUGCCAGCUGUCAUGAGCAGUUUUGUACA